AUGCUUCCAGACUGGGCAUAUCAGAGUUAUAUUCAAGCUCUGACGUAUAGUGCUAAAUUAAUAAUUCGACCCGAUUCAUCGACUGUAGUCGCGGAUACACGUGUUAGCUUCUUUUGUCGUGGUGAUGGUAAUCCAUUGCCUACAGUAGUUUGGAAGAAAAAUGGACUAUUAAUCACCGAUUUAAGAUAUUCAACGAAAACCCUUUCAAAUGGAUUGAGCACAUUACGAAUUGAUCCGGUUAGAUUAAGUGAUGCAAAUUCAACAAUAAGUUGUACUGCAGAUAACGGAAUUGGUAGUCCGGUUAUUGCUGAUGCAAUACUUACGGUUCUUUCACCUGAUGAGUUACCAAGCGGAUUUCCAGUAAUUGAAGCUCAUCCAAUAUUAAAAUCAGUUGAACAAGGUCGAACAGCGCAUGUAUCAUGUCGGGUACAUGGUGAUCCUCGUCCAAAAGUGUUAUGGCUUCGAGAUUUAAUGCCUGUUGAUAUUCGAUCUAAUACACGAUAUUCCGUUUCGACACUUGGUAAUCCAGGUACAUUUUUUUCCUAA